AUGCUUCCAAAUAUGUACGGAACUACAGGGCUCAUAAUAAUGAUGAAUUCAACUUCAUUGGCUCAGGGAUGCUGGAGUACUAACCCUGCACCGUUAGACGUGUGCCGCAGCCGGUGCGUACAAACAUUUUACGAGCAGCCGCCUUAUUUUGGAUUUGCGUUCUUACCGUCCGAGAAUUGCCUAUCACGUUGCCCAACGACCGUAGUACCACGAGAAAAUGCUGCUGAUCCUUGA